AUACCUAGGCGAACGGCCUAAGCUUAAACUAGAGCGCUAUGCAACUAUUUCCGGUGGGCUUUUCUCGCUUUUUUUCAACGAUUUUUGCUCUUUCCUCUGGUCAGGGGAAAUGUGGAGUUGCAGUUUUUAGGGUAACAGGACCUAAAGCACGAAAUGUUCUUUUUCAACUGACAAAAAUGCGUAAAUUACCGAUUUCAAGGAAAUCUCUAUUGAGGAAUGUCUAUAAUCCCAUAUCGAACGAUCGAAUUGACCAGGCACUGGUGACGUGGUUCCCUGCACCCGCUAGCUUUACAGGCGAAGACUGUGUUGAAAUACACGCGCACGGAGGCAAGGCCGUUGUCUCUGCUAUUUUACAAUCUCUUUCAAAUUUGCCCGACUUUCGGCCGGCAGAAGCGGGCGAUUUCACAAAAAGGGCGUUUACUAACGGUAAAUUGGAUUUGACUCAGGUCGAGGCACUCGCUGACCUUAUAGCGGCUGAAACUGAAGCUCAGAGAAGCCUAGCUAUACGGCAGUUGGGAGGAGAAUUAGGCUUAUUGUACGAACAGUGGAGGAGGGAUUUAAUCGAAUGUUGUGCUUUUAUUGAAGCCUAUAUUGAUUUCGGGGAAGAAGAAAACUUAGAUUUCGAUAUAAAGGUGAAUGACCGCAUAAAGUGCUUAUCGAACGAAAUUAAGUGUCACCAUUCAGAGACAAAAAAUGCUGAACGUAUACGUGUUGGUGUUAAAGUGGCAAUUUUAGGACGACCAAACGUGGGAAAGAGUAGUCUUUUUAAUCGAUUAGUGGGUAGGGAAAGGGCAAUCGUAUCACCAUACGCUGGUACCACUAGGGAUAUCCUGGAUGCUGCUCUUGACAUAAAUUCAUACGCUGUAAUCCUUACUGACACUGCAGGCCUACGAGACGACAUGAAAAUUGAUAUUGUAGAACAGGAAGGUAUAAAGCGGGCCAUACAAACAGCUUCUGAAGCCGAUUUAAAACUAUUAGUUGUGGAUGCUACGGACGGGGAUGUUCCUUCUGAAAUAAAAACUGAUGAAAAUACUAUCAUCAUUUGGAAUAAAGUAGAUCUUUUAAAAGAACCAAUUGUCCAAGAUGGCAUUAAGUUAUCUUGUAAAACUGGAAAUGGUAUGGAUGAAUUAAUUGAAACAUUGAGUGAAAAAGUAGAACACUUAUGUAUCAAUCCAAAUUCACCGAAUCCAAUAUCAUCAAAUGCCCGACAUUCGUAUCAUUGUAAAUUAUGCUUGGAGAGUUUAGAAAAUUAUUCAAAGCUAAUUAAACAAGAUAUAGUAUUAGCGGCCAAUGAACUUCAAAUAGCUAUAAAUCAUAUGUCCAAAUUAACUGGAACAAUAACUAAUGAUGAUAUAUUAAAUGUAAUUUUUAGUGAAUUUUGUAUUGGCAAAUAA